AGGGUUUUUAUGCAAGUGGCGGGGUUGUUGUUCUCUCUCUCUUUUCCUUGGCGUCUGCUUGCUAUCCCUCCUCCAGGAGGGAGGGAGAGUGUGAGAGAGAGAGAGAGAGAGAAUGGCGGAUUCGAAAGCGGUCACGAUCAGAACCAGGAAAUUUAUGACCAAUAGGCUUCUCUCCAGGAAGCAAUUCGUCAUUGAUGUCCUUCACCCGGGGAGGGCGAACGUUUGUAAGGCGGAAUUGAAGGAGAAACUGGCUAGUCUGUACGAGGUGAAGGAUCCGAACGCGAUCUUUGUGUUCAAGUUCCGGACGCACUUCGGAGGAGGCAAAUCUACUGGCUUCGGCCUCAUCUAUGACAACGUCGAGGCUGCCAAGAAGUACGAGCCCAAGUACCGGCUUAUCAGGAAUGGGCUUGCCACAAAGGUUGAAAAGUCAAGGAAGCAGAUGAAGGAAAGGAAGAAUAGGGCAAAAAAGAUUCGUGGCGUGAAGAAGACAAAGGCUGGGGACGCUGCCAAGGCUGGGAAGAAAAGAUGAAUCAAGGCAACACAUUUUUCUAUCUUUAUACAUAUAUAUUUUUUCAAUUUUGGCAUAGGCUGGGUUAUUGGACAUAGAGAUUCAUCUUUGCUUUAUUUUGUUUCAUAUCGGUAGGAUGACUUUGUAUUGCUGGUUUUGAAUUUUACUAAAGAGAUUUUCGGAUAUCCGCUACUCCCAUAGACAUUAUCCGUAUCCUAUGAAUGUUGUUAUCCUGCUCUGCAAUUUCACUU